GACGACGUAUAUCUGGCAAACUUUGGUAAGAACUUUCUUUACAAAUAACCACACAGAGUACAAGGAAAAAUAUGAUUGCAGUUUCUUUGUUCUGCUAUGUGUUGUAUCUGUCUGAUUCAUGAUGCAGGUGUGGAGAAAUGAGUUUGUCAGCUGGGACCCAGAACAGUGCGGUUCGUCGUGGAUUACAAUCCCAAGGAAUCUGCUCUGGGUACCAGAUGUGGUUAUCAAUGAGUUUAUGGAGAAGAACUCGGCUCCAUUCGUCCCGUACAGCUACCUGUUUUCUGAUGGCCGUGUGAUAGAUGAAAUCCCUGUCAGAGUCGUCAGCUCCUGCAGACUGGACAUCUACACGUUUCCAUUUGACAUCCAGAACUGCACUUUGAGCUUCAACUCCUACUUACACACUAUUUCUGCUAUCUACGUCAACCACUCGCCCAUAGAGAAAAUAGUAGAACUCUCUAAACAAGUGAUGACGUCUAAGGGUGAAUGGCAACUGGUCGGAAUCACAGUGAAGACGUACAUAUAUCCGACUACAUUAGGAGAUCCUUACCAAGAGGUUCGCUUCUAUGUCUCAGUGAGGCGCCAGGCCACCCUGUACGUGGUGAACUUGUUGAUCCCCAGCUGCUUCCUCAUUACAGUCGACCUCUUCAGCUUUGUGCUGCCUCCCAAGAGCGUCGACCGGUCCUUGUUCAAGAUGACCCUGAUCUUAGGCUACACAGUCUUCCUGUUCAGCAUGAAUGACCUGCUGCCCAUCACUGGGGACACCAUACCACUCAUAAAUGUGUUCCUGUCUCUGUGCCUGACUAUGAUGGUGGCUAGUUUACUGGAGACCAUUCUCAUCACCAACCUGCUGUGUGGCUCCGCCCACUACCGUCCUGUUCCCCGCUUUGUCCGGGUGUUGGUUCUUCAAAUCCUGGGCCGCCUGGUGCUGCUUUCUCCGAAACCCAGAGCUCUAGAGGACAGGGUCAUCCAAAAUCCUGCUGCAGGAGAAAUAAAAGAGCCCUCUCCUGUGGCAGAGGGCAGGGAGGCUCCAGAGCAGAAAGGACCACUUGAAGAGGACAAGGCCCUGCAGGAGCUGAGGAGUCUGGGAAGGGAUCUCCAGGACUUCCACCUUCAGCUGAAGCAGCAGCUGGAUGGAAACCAGGGCUCAGAGGAUUGGAUCCAGGUGGGUUUUAUUAUAGACCGUCUGCUGUUCGGCCUCUACAUCCUCUUCAUAUUAGUCAGCUUCAUUACCAUGACUGUUAUCUGGCUGCAGUCAUACAACAUAUCCUAAAUUAGUUUUGAGUUGAUUUUAUUCUCCUAAUUUGUUGGAUUUUGUGUUUUUUUACUGACAACGUUUGUUCAUAAAACUCAACUUCAACUAUCACAGUUAUUCUUUAUUAUUUCACCUUCAUAUUAUGUAAUUAUAUAGUCCAAUUUUGUCUUUCUAGAAAUGUAUACAUUUCAAGCCGCUGCAUUACGUCUCACAACAUAUGGAUGGAUGAGUAACAAUUAACACUCAAGAGUUUGAAAGCUGCUGAUCUGACUGUAGAAUAAAAUACUGUUGAGAAUUGUCAUCUAUGAACACUGUAUUUCAACCAGUUUACGUUCAAGUUUUCCAUCACUGUUUUUAUUUGUCCUGAUUAAUAUAUUGUAUCGCAUUAGGUUUAAAUGUCCCAGAAUUAUAUUGACAAAAUGAUGUAUUAUGUGUCACUUGAAUCAGUCAUAAACAUCAAAGAUUUCUAUGCUACAUGUUGGAACAUGGAUUUUUUUUUCGUAAACUUCUUCAAAAAACAUCUAUUAUCUGUUACUUUCUCAUGCUUUGUUUAUUUUCUAUCUGCGCUGUUCAGCACUUUGGAUCAACUGUGUUAUGUGUAAAGUGCUAUAUAUAAAUAAAGUUAAUUUGAUUUGA